AUGGGUCCACAGCAUCUGACUAGGCCUGUAACUUAUGCUGCUCAGCCUCAGCAGGUCAUCCGGAGGUCAGUGGCUUCCACUCCUAUAGAGAAAUGCCAAGUGAAGGAGGAAGAGAGGAUUACUUGUGGAACCCCUGCGAUUACUAUUGCUCAAUGUGACGCGAUCAACUGCUGCUUUGAUGGGUGGCGGUGCUACUAUGGGAAAGCAGUGACUGUUCAAUGUAGCAGAGAUGGUCAGUUUGUGGUGGUGGUGGCCAGGGAUUCCACUAGGCCCAACCUGGACCUUGAUUCCAUUAGUCUGCUUGGUGGGCAGGAUGCCCCCUGUAAGCCUGUUGGCACCACUACAGUCUUUGCUGUAUACCAGUUCCCUGUCACUGCAUGUGGCACCACUCUGAUGGAGGACAGUGGCUAUGUGGUCUAUGAGAACAGCAUGACAUCUUCCUAUGAUGUGGGGAUUGGACCUCGUGGCUCAAUCACCAGAGACAGCCAUUUUGAGCUCUGGUUCCAGUGUAAGUACACUGGCACGGCAGUGGAGGUACUGACUGUUGAGGUGAACACUGUUGCUCCACCUGCUCCAGUUGCUGUUCCUGGACCCAUCAGAGUGGUGCUGCGACUGGCCAGAGGACAAUGUUACAACGAGGGAUGUGUGGAAGAUGUGGAAGCCUACACCUCCUACUACAGCGAGGCAGACUACCCAGUUGUCAAGGUCCUAAAGGAGCCGGUUUAUGUUGAGGUUAACAUCGAGAGGAGGACUGACUCUAACCUGGUCCUGAAUUUGGAGCACUGCUGGGCCACCUCCACCCCCAGUCCUCUAAGCCUGCCCAAGUGGGACCUCCUGGUUGCUGGGUGUCCAUCUCAGGAUGACCGCUACCUGACCUCUGUGAUCCCUGUGUCUGGCGCCGUGUUCCCCACCCACUACAAACGCUUUGUGGUCAAGAUGUUCACUUUUGUGGAUGCGCACACCUUAGCCCCUCUGAAGGACAGGGUAUUCAUUCACUGUAGUACAGAGGUGUGCUACGUUACUGGAAACCACUCCUGUCAACAGAGCUGCAACAGGCAAAGGAGAGAUGUGGCAGUGUCUUUGGAUGGAGAGACUUCCGUGGUGUCCAGUGGAGAGUUGAUUCUUGCCCAACCUUACCCGUUUGUUGGUGGUGUGGACACCAAGAAACUUGAAGUUCUCAACCUGCUCCACUGCAGCACCGUCGAUGAGAAUGGGGGCGUGUUCGGUCGGGCUCUAGUGUGGGUGUACAGAAGUUGA